GGCAGCAACAUUUUCGUCUUCUUUUUCUUUCGUCCUUGAUAGCUGUGAAUUGUGCCCUCAAACAUAUAGCUGCUACCAGCAACCUUCACUCUUUCUUUUUCUUCUUUUCGUAAUCCUCCUCCACCUCUCCCUCGCAAUAUUCCUUCCAUUCUCUCAACCAUGAGCAAACGAUCGGGGAAGUCGCAUGCGAGCAGUGCUCGAGCUGCCACCAGCACAUUCGGGUCAGGACUCGGUUCAUCAACGUCCUCGGCAUUUGGCACAAGUUCCUCUCAACUGUCAUAUAUCGCGGAGCCGCCCGAUCUUUCUUCGAUUUCCGAUCCCAAUGUCGUCGUUUAUUUCCGCAAUCUCUCAAAGAAGGACAGCACAACCAAAGCAAAAGCAUUGGAGGACAUACAGGCAUAUAUAUCAACACUGCAAGAACCAGUCGAAGAUGGAAUCUUAGAGGCUUGGAUCAAAACGUUCCCCCGCACCUCCAUAGACAAUUCGAAAGCCGUCCGCCAGAACGCCCAUGCCCUUCAUGGCCUGAUCGCUGUCUCCGCGGGGAAGCGAUUGGCCAAACACAUGCCCAAAUCAGUCGGAGCAUGGCUCUCAGGUCUCUACGAUGCGGAUCGAUCCGUGACCGAAGCUACCCAGAACUCCCUCCGACAGGUUUUCAGUACUGCUGAGAAGAUACAAAACAUCCGGAGAGCAUAUCAACAGCCCAUUCUAGAAUACUGUCGGGACGCUAUUGAUAAAGAGACAACGCAGACACUGAGUGAUGAGCGUACAGUAAGCAAAGACGAUGCAGAGGCAAAAUACAGCCGAGUCGUGGCCGCCUGCAUAUCUCUAAUAGGGAGUUUGAUUUCGAAUUUGAAAGUAGAGGAAUUGUCCAAAUUGCAGGCUGAGUACGAUUCACUAUUAGGGGACAGUAAGGUCUGGGCAUUCGCGGCGCAUACUGACCCAUCAAUUCGGCGCGCCCUGCAUCGCUUCCUCAAAGCAUGCAUAGCAAAGCAACCUGAGUCAGUUGAGAAAAACCUGGACGCUAUCAGUAAGGCGUAUCUCUCAGUAGCUUUAAACUCCGAUCAGCUUGGCUCCGCCUACGAUUUCGUAGAAGCAGUGGCACAUCUCACAUCAACAUACCCUACAGCAUGGACAGACCACUACAAAAGCAAAACCUCCGUCGAUCGUAGACUACGACAAUGCGUCAAGAAGGGAUCACAGUUUGGACCUCCCGAGUAUUGGGACCGCGUCGUGGAUAUCAUCAAGAAUCUGCCCUCUGGUGUUGUCCCUCAGAACAGUGCAGAUACUGCGGAGUUUUUGAGCGCUUUACAUGCUGGCGUCACCCGAAGGGAGGAACCAAGACGGAAUCUCGAGUCAGCUUGGACAGCAUAUUUGGACAUAUUAGAUUUCGUCAUAAAAUCUCUACCAGUGGAAGAUCGGAGCAAAGUUUUGUCGGAACUCGUCUUGCCGAUAAUAUCCCAGUUCUUGCGACCUGAUCCAGGCGAUUCUCAAUGGGCUCUUCCACCAAAUUCAUCUAAAUUAGUGCAACGAUUGCUCCUUAUUGAACGUCUGCCCGAGACUAUAGAGGAAAGCUGGCCUUCAUAUGUACAAGGCUUCAUUGAUGAUGUUAAAACAUCCGCACCCGAACAGUCUAAGGACUAUGACCGAUCUCAAGGCGCAAUAAUUAAGCAAGCAUCGAGGUUUGCCACCUUCCAACAGCAUGCAUCUUCGGCCUCGCCUGCCUUGCGAACUGCAUUCGUCGCAUCGAAUCAGACCAUAAUCACAGAAGCACUUGCUGUUGUGAAAAACAGAAAUGGCAAGCCAUACGGCGGCGCAGGUGCUGUUACUGAACUUUUAUCUAAAAGCAAGCCAUUGCUUCUCGGGGAUGCCACCACAAAAGAGACUCUGGAGAACUUUGUGGAGCAUGACAUUCCAGAGCUUAUAUUGUCUCCGUCGUCAUCGCAACUGGUUGACAUAUUGUAUAUUAUGUCCGAUUCCGAAUGCUUCGAGAGUGCCUGGAGUGCUUCCUUGAAGCAUGCACUGGCUGCGCCUGAUUCACCCGCCAAAUCGAAGGCACUAGAAACCUUACUCACCUCUUCUAAGAUACCAUCAUCCUUCAAUCUAGCUUCUGCAGAUGAUGACUUGCAGAGUCAUAUCAAGUCUUCUGUGCGCGCAACUCUUCAAGGUGCUCUCGAGUGGGAUUCUUUCAGUCGCAUUCUUCAAUCUCCAGCAACAAUACUAUCUUCUGAAACUACAGACGAUCUUCUAGCUGCAAUGGCUCAGUCGUUGACCCUGAAUGACCAAGUUCAGACAUCCUUGCAAGGCUUCCGUCAGUUAGUCAAACACAGUCCGACAGUACUCAAAGAUUACAUACCGACCCCGAACGGAUCGGCCCUACUCCGCUCCCUUCUGCUUGCCUCCGAAUCACCUAACGAGGAAAUCGCACAAGAAGCCGCCGCAGUGAACUCUUCGAUCCAGGCUCUUCUGGCUGCGGAAUCAGACUCGAAGCAGUCUGUCUUCAAUGUGAUUCAGCACGGCCUUGCGAAUGCUUCCCAGACAUCGGUUUCGGUCGAGACAUUGGUGGACUUGGCUAAACAAUUAGUCAAGCCGGGCGAAGGUUGGGAGCAAGUCAAGGAUGUUUUUCCAAAAGUCGAGCAUUGGCAAAACUCGCUGAAGCCGUUCCUGGAUCUCGCUCCGAAAUCUUCCUUGGCAGUUACAAAUCCACUCGCGGGUGCUGUAUAUCUUGUAGAUCAGUCGGGCCCAAUGGACGCUGUGAGGAAACUCGAUCGCGACGUAGACGGCUACUCUCCGGCAUACCGUACGGCGCAGUACGUGGCGAGACUCCUCAAGAAUCGCGACCUGUUUUCACUGGACGUGCUCCCUUCAGAAUUGAAGGAUGAGUUGGUGCAUAACCUGGCACUUACCUUGCAGCUCUCUGACGACAACCUUGGUCUUGCAGGCUCAAAUAACCUUUGGGCAGUAUACAAUACUGACGUAGAGGCCGAAGCGAUUUCCUUCCAAGAUGAUGCCAGAGAACUCAUCAAAGAAGUCUUGACUCAACAAGCUCAACAUUGGGAAUCUAUGGUCUCAUGGGCUUGCACCUUGCUUAGCACAAUAGAGCAUGCAAUCUCUGCACAAACGUAUUAUGAGGCUCGCGUCCGUAGCGAGCUGAUUUCGAAAGCCAUCGAAAUACAUGGUUGGAACACAUCGGAUACAGCCGAGAUGCAGGAGCAGCUUAAGACAUUCCGACGAGCAAAGAACGUGUUUGCGCUUGUAGGAUUUCUCAACGCUUUCAAAGAACCGCUUACAGCAUCCAAGGCCUGUGAGCGGAUGUGCAAUGAGCUAGUCGCCGAUCUCACCGGCUUGCAGAUUGAUGCAAAGCCUCAGGAAGGACUCCGUCAGUUGGUGUUGCUCAACUCCCUGUUAUACGGUCAGGAAGACAUUGCUCAAUGCAUUGCGAAACAGCGAGUCAUCUUCUUUGUCAAGCACGUUGUGCCGUGGUUGCAAGAACCUGGAACGCCGCUGGCUAUUCGCGCUGAGCUCUGUCGAGUUUUGGCUGUCUGCUUACCAUUGAUGGGCGAUAUCUACGGCGAGCAUUGGGACGAUAUUCUUAGUACUCUAGCUGCUAGCUGGAUGAAGAUGACAGAAGUGGAGGAAAAUGAGUCUGGCAUGGACAGUCCUGUACCUUACGCACAUGGCUCUCUGAAACUAUUGGCCCAGUUGCGAAUACUCGCCGAGCCCGAAGACUCAAGUGACGAUUUGUCUGAUGCCUGGAAAGAGACGGAAUCCAGGGUUGCUGCUGGACUCCUCAAUCUGCUCAAGCACUCCCAGCAUUUCCCCGACGAGUUUCACCAACCUCUAAAGAUCGUGAACGAUGUGCUUGCCAGACAAAUUUCCAAGGUCCCAUUUGAGCAUCUCGAGUCUACCGAGGAGUUGUUUCCGCUACUCUAUGUUGAGUCGCAACCUGUGCAACAGUCAGCUUUCGAUAUUCUGCACAAGCAAAUUCCGGCACUUCAAGAACAGAUCUCUAUUGAUGCUGCGCUUGACAAAAGCACAGCUCGAUUGCCAGAGGAGUUGCUUUCCCUGAUCCUUGAGGCACCGACUGUAGCCGCACUUGCUGACGCGGACUUUGAACGGAGCAUACCCUUACCUCUCAGAGGCUAUUUAUUGAGUUGGCUCUUGGUUUUCGACCACCUCGAACAUGCUUCGUUCAAAGUCAAAAACGAUUAUAUAGAUCAUCUCAAGGAGUAUGAUUAUCUACCUGGUCUCCUCGACUUCACGUUUGACUUCCUGGGCCAUGCGCAGAGCAAACCAGUCGAUGUCUCGAAAUUCGACGUCACUUCGUACACGCCUGAUCUCGAAACACCACGGAAAGACACCCAAUGGUUGUUGUCACAUCUUUACUUUCUCUGCCUUCGACAUAUUUCUUCACUCACGAGGUCCUGGUGGAUAGGAUCAAAAUCCCGUGCUAUCGCUGCCACCUUAGAGCCAUGGACCGAGAAGUACAUAUCACCACCCGUCAUCUCUGGUGCCUUCAAAUCCGUCUCAGAAUGGAACGCUGCACAAAUUGAGUCUGAUCCCGACUCUCCUUUCACCGUCAAGGUAUCUCCUCGCGCUCGCGAGAUCAUCGCGUCAUACUUGGUCGACGAGCAAACCAUGUCCAUCCGGAUCUCGCUCCCAGCUGCCUUCCCUCUGGCCAAUGUGCAGAUUGAGGGAAUCAACCGUGUCGCCAUCAAAGAACAGAAAUGGCAAUCCUAUCUUCGUAUUUCACUAGGAGCUAUCACCAUUUUCAACGGUUCACUGAUCGAUGCAUUGACGACAUUCAAGCGUAACGUCGAUGGUGUGCUCGAAGGUCAAGUCGAGUGCGCGAUUUGCUACAGCAUUGUAGGAAGCGACAAGAAACUCCCAGACAAGAAAUGCUUGGUUUGCAAGAACAUAUUCCACGGUUCCUGCUUGUUCAAAUGGUUCAAGACGAGUAGCAGCAGCUCUUGCCCGCUUUGCAGAAACCCUUUCACCUACGGCUAAGCUAUGUUCUUCGAUUCUUAGGCGCAUAUCGUGGAAUUGAGGGAGAAGAGAGAUAUACAUCCGUGUCUAAGUAGUGAACAAGGAAAAAAAUUAGUAUAUAAACAUCCAUCAAAAUGUAGCAUAAAGCGAU